GUUCCUGGUGAGCUGGCCAAUGCCCCACUGAGAGGAAAGACCAAGCAGGACAAGGAUCCAGGCCCCGGUCUUCCAGAAACCACGGGACGAAGUGCCCAGGAGCCUGCGUGUCCCUGGGACCGGGCAGAUUAAAGCUGCCCCGCCAGCUGCGGGCUCGAGUUCUAGGGGUCCCGCGUCCCGCCCGCCAUGUCCUCCCGCCACGCGCUCUUUGCCUGGAACCUCUUCGUCCUCCUCGCCCUGGGCAUGGCUGAGGAGGCCAAAGACACUGCCUGCUGCGGCCCCAUCGUGCCUCGGAGCGAGUGGAGGGCCCUGGCGUCCGAGUGCUCCCAGAAACUGAGGCUGCCUGUGCGCUACGUGGUGGUGUCGCACACUGCCGGCAGCAGCUCCAACACCCCGGCCUCGUGCGCGCAGCAGGCGCAGAACGUGCAGCACUACCACGCGCGGAUGCUGGAAUGGUGCGACGUGAGCUACAACUUCCUCAUCGGAGAAGACGGGCUGGUGUAUGAGGGCCGCGGCUGGAACAUAAAGGGCGACCACACAGGUCCCACCUGGAACCCCAUAUCCAUCGGCAUCACCUUCAUGGGCAACUACAUGGAGCGUGCACCCCCACCCCGGGCCCUCCGGGCAGCCAAGAAUCUGCUGGCUUGUGGUGUGGCUAAGGGAGUCCUCAGCCCCAGAUACGAGGUCAAAGGGCACCGGGACGUGCAGCAGACCCUGUCUCCAGGGGACCAGCUCUACGAAAUCAUCAAGACUUGGCCACACUACCGUGAGUGAGGCUCCUCUCAUCGCCCGCUCCCCCGCCACGCCCGAACCCCACCGCCGCCUCCUCCAAUAAAGCUGCAGCUUGAAGCGUGGUCCUGACAGUCCUGCCACAUGGCCCCUUGUCCCCUCCCACGAGACCCCAACACUGUCCUCGCUGGUGCUCAGAACCCAGAGGCCCCGACCCUGAACCAAGACCCCGGAGAUCCCAGCUUGGGAGCAACAUCACAGCUCAGAACCCAGAGGUCUCAGGUCAGAGCCCAGGAAUCAGCACCAAUUGGCCCGGAUGUCACCGACGGCAGCGCGGCGUCCUCCCAGGCAGUGAACCAUGCUGCAAGACACCCCUUCCCCACCACCCAGCCAAAGACACCCUUUGCAGAGUCUCUGCGUGGACUCCUCUGGGAAGGCUGCUCGCUCCCGCCCCUCAGGUCCCUCUCGCAUUUAGAGUAAAUUUUCCCUGAGCCUGAA